AUGUCUGCCAACGUCAACAAGCCUACCGACAUCAAGAAGAAGGAGGCCGAUGUCAACCGCAAGCUACAGCUCUACGGAAUCAUCUCCGCAUUCCAGGCCGGCAAGGUUCCUUCCAACGAUCAAAUUGAUGUCGCGCUGAACAGCUUCCUUAACUCCAAGGGCAUCGCGAACCCGCCGGAGAAGCUCUCGCCCGAGGGUCGUGCGCUGGUAGCCGACGCGCGCAACGUGGUCAAGAACGCCCAGCACCUGCUUCUGUCAAAGAACCAAGGAAACCUUCUCCAGGACUUCAUUUGGCAGACGGAACAGUGGGAUGCCAAGUCGGUCAAUGUUCCUGGCGCCCCCGUUAACAAGGAGACCGCCCAGCAGCAUGGCGACCAGGCCCUGCAGGGUCUGAGGACCCUCGGCACCCUGCUCAUCACCAACGGCCAGUUCCGCAAGCUCCUGAAGGAUGCUUCCGUUCUGCUGCGUGACAUCGCGGGAGACGCAGCCACCAAUGCCGCCUCUCAGGUUCGACCCUCGCAGGAGCAGCUCGACGACAUUGACCGCCCCGCCGAGGACAACACCUGGCACGACGCGCCCGACUUUUCCAAGGACAACAUGCGCAAACAAGCCCAGGGCCUGUACAAGGGUGACGCCAAGAAGGACCUGAAGGAUGUCGCCACUGCCGGCAACCAGGCCGCUCACCCCACUGGAUCAAGCGACCCUAAUGACCUCGCCCAGGCCACUGCUCGCGACCAACAGCAGGGCACCAACUCCGGUGUGAAUGCGCAGGCUGGCGUUUCCAACGCGAAGCAGACCCUCCAAGACAAGGUUGACAAGAACGUCAACCCUGAGACCCAGGAGCAGAUCAAGAAGUCCAAGGAGGAGUACCGCCGCAAGGCUCGUGACUACCUCAGCAAGAAAGUGCCGGAGAACCGCCGUGACCAGACCAUCUGGCGCCUCAAGAAGAUGGUUCUUGAAUGCCAGCAGCACCCGGAUUACUCUCAGGCCAUCGAGACUCUUCUCAACCUCGCUGAGGAGUACGGUAGCCACUCCAGGGCCAUGGCUCAGGGCGGCUCUGGUACUGUCAGGGAGGCCCGCGGCGGUCUGGCCCAGGCCGAGUCCGACCUCAGGACUCUGAUUGAGCGCUUCGCCAACAGCACUUCGACCGAGGAUCUCUGGAACUCUAUUGGUCAGAUCUACCAGGACGCCGACCGCGACCCUGAGCUCAAGGGCUGGUUCAAGUCUAUGAACCAGUACAUCCGCCGCUGCCUGCUGAAGCAGGGUUACAUCCUCGAAGACGCCUCCAACGAGGAGUGGCGCCGCCUGUAUGACCAGGGUCGCUACCUUCUGCGCGAGAAGUACCGCUCGCACACUGACCGCGUUGUCGACGAGAUGCGCUUCAUCAUCAAUGAGUUUGACAACGACCCUCAGAACAAAGCUUUCGGUCAGUCCAUUCAGAAGCUAUUCCAGGACCUUGGCAACGAUGAGAAUGGCAAGCCCACCUUCAAGCCUCACCUUGUCAAGGACCUUACAGAGGUCAUCGUUCCCGCUAUCUUCGAGAAUGCGGCCUACAUCCCCGUCCCCCGCAUCGAGUACUCCGACCCUCAGUUCGAUGCUGUCAUCGAGAACCUGGUUCUCGAGUCGGACAACUUCAUGCCCAACGUCAUGGAGAUCAACACCGAGCACCACUUCCGCUGGGGCCGCAAGAAGAUUGCCAACAAGAACAAGCAAGUGUUCGACAUCAAGGUUUCUGGUAUUCAGAUGGAUCUUCGUGAUGUGAGCUACCACAUCGCCCGCAAGCAGGGAUUCCCCUCGAUCACCGAUACCGGUGUUGCCGACUUUAUUCUUGCCGGCGAUGGUUUCUCCUUCAAGGCCAAGUGCGCCACCGCCGACAAGUCUGAUCGCCAGAACUUCUUCAAGAUCGAGAAGGUCGAUGUCGACAUUAAGAACAUGAGCAUCAAGCUGAAGCAGUCCAACCACAAGCUUCUCUUCAACCUCUUCAAGCCCAUCAUGAUGAAGGUCAUCAAGCCCGCCCUGCAGAAGGCUGUUGAGAAGAGCCUCAAGGAUCAGGCCAAUCAGCUCGACCAGCUGCUGUACCAGAUCAAGCAGGAGGCUGACCGUGCCCUUGACGAGGCUCGCUCCGAUCCCGAGCGUACUCCCAACAUUUACAACCGCUACUACACGGCCGCCCAGAAGCGUGUCCUGCAGCAGAAGCAGAAGGCCAAGGAGAUUGCUCAGGACAAGAAGGUCAAUGUUGCCAUGACCAAGGAGGACAGCAUCUUCCCCAACAUCAACCUUCCUGGAGGCAUCAGCACCAAGGCCACUGAAUACAAGGAGCUCGCUCGCAAGGGAGACCGCUGGGAGAGCCCUGUGUUCUCCAUUGGCAAGGCUAGCAAGUCGAACGACAUCCCCGUCGCUCCUAAGAUUCAGCGCAAGACCCAUGGCCCCAUGAGCCCUCCCAAGACGAGCGCCCAGCCUACUUCGGGUCAGGGCUACUCCAACGGACAGGCCCACGGCAGCCAGGGAUACAGCAACAACCAGGCUUACGCCACGGGCCAGGGUCUCGGCGGUCAAACCUACGGCACUCAGGGCCAGGGUCUUGAUGGACAGGGCUACGGAGGUCAAGGCCUCAGCGGGUCUGCCCUCGCAGGCCAGGGCAUAUCUGCCCAGGCACUCGGCGGACAGGGCCUCACGGGCCAGGGCAUCAUCGGCGGCCAGAGCCUCACCGGUGACGGCCUGACCAGCCAGAACCCCAACUCUCAGACUGUUCCCCUUGGCCACGCCGGCCAGGAGUCUCCUUUGUUCACCCGCUAA